AUGGUUCAUUUGAGCUUCAGCUCGUCUGUAACAGCCCCGGACGAUGCGGCCGAAUUCGAAGAGGAAGAGGAUCCAGGCGUGCCGGAAGCAUUGCCGCUGCGACACACAUGGAUUGUGUGGCAGCAGCUAGCUUCCCCUGGGAAAAGCGUGCCUUACGAGCAGUCCACGAAGCAGAUUGCGUCCAUGCAUUCGGUGGAGGAUUUCUGGCCUGUUUUCGACCGGUUGCCGCAGCCGAGUGAUCUGCUAACAAGGCGGAUGGCGGAGAAAACUCAGGAGGAUGGAUCUCAUGUCGUGGACGCCUUGAUGAUCUUCCGAGACGGAGUUCUUCCACAAUGGGAGGAUGCCGCCAACUCGGAGGGCGGGCACCUGCAGUUUCAUUUCAAGGCGUCUUUGGGUGCUGCGCAGCUUGACGAGUAUUGGAACAACCUGGUCCUGGGAACACUGGGAAACACACUGGAGCCCGCGGAGAUGAUCACGGGUCUCCGCUUGGUGGACAAAGUGACUACUGGCAAAGGGGGUGUGCCGAGCAUGGUGCGCAUGGAGGUUUGGUUUGGCAGUGCCAGCGACGUGCAGGCUGUGGCGGCAUUGCAGAAAAACGUCGAGCGCUGCGUGGCAACGCGGACUUUGGAAGGCCGCCUGGGCAGCAUCCCGAAGGCUGAGUUGAAGCACCACAAGAUGACUCGGCAUCAGUGA